UAAACACAAAAUUAUAUACAUAUAAAUAUAUAAAUAGUUCUCUCCAUAUUACCCCAAAAAAAUAAAAAUAAAUAAAUAAAUAAAAAAUAAAAAGAAAGAAAAGAAAAAACUCUCUCUGUGGCCAUGGAGUUCAUUUUCAUGUUGAUCUUUCUAAUCCCACUACUCUAUGCAAUCUUCCAUCUCUGCAACUUGCUUCUAAAAUGGAGAAACUCAUUCUGCUACAUGCUAGCCUAUCAAUGCUACAAACCCUCCGACGCUGAAGCUAGAAAGCUCGACACAGAAUCCUGCGUCAAAAUAAUCCUUCGGAACAAGAAUCUCGGUCUGGAAGAGUACAGAUUCCUUCUCAAGACCAUGGUCAAGUCCGGACUCGGCGAAGAAACGUACGGUCCGAGAAGCAUCAUCGAAGGAAGGGAACAAAACCCUUCUCAGGUGGACUCUCUUUCCGAGAUGGACGACAUAUUCUUCGACACGCUCGACGGUCUCUUUAGAAAGACGAAAAUUCCUCCGUCGCAGAUCGACAUUCUCGUCGUCAAUGUCUCAUUAUUCUCUCCCAUGCCUUCCCUCUCAUCCCGUAUCGUAAACCGGUACAGAAUGAGAGGCGAUAUCAAGACGUUCAACCUCUCCGGUAUGGGCUGCAGUGGCAGCCUCGUCGCCAUCGAUCUCGUCCAGCGUUUGUUCAAGACGUACAGCAAUUCCAACGCCAUCGUCGUCAGCUCGGAGUCUCUGGGACCGAACUGGUAUUGUGGCAAAGAAAAGCCGAUGAUACUCGCCAACUGUCUCUACCGAUCAGGAGGAUGCUCCAUGCUUCUCACGAACAAGCCGAGUUUGAAAAACAGAGCUAUACUGAAACUGAAAAGCGUGAUCAGAACACACCGGGGUUCGUCCGAUGAAGCAUAUGAAUGCUCUUUACAAGUUGAAGAUGAACACGGACAAAGAGGUUUCAGACUCACCAAAAAGAUAGCAAAAGUUGCAGCCAAAGCUCUCGCUAUGAAUCUCCAAAUGCAAGUACGUAGAGUUUUACCAUUGAGGGAAUUGAUUUACUAUGUUGCAUUUUCUCUUUUUUGUCAAAGUAAGAAAUCGAAUAUUCCUAGCCAUGAAACUGCAGCAAGAGGAGGCUUGAAUCUUAAAGCUGGGAUUGAUCAUUUUUGUGUGCCUCCAACUGAAAAUGCAGUGAUUAAUGGGAUCGGUAAAGGUUUAGGACUGAACGAGUAUGACCUUGAACCUGUUAGAAUGGCACUUCACAGGUUUGGUAAUACUUCAUCAGGUGGGCUUUGGUAUGUUUUAGGUUAUAUGGAAGCAAAGAAGAGGUUAAAGAAAGGAGAUAAGAUUUUGAUGAUAAGCUUUGGAGCAGGUUAUGAAUGUAAUAAUUGUGUUUGGGAGGUGGUGAAAGAUUUGGAUGAUAAGAAUGUUUGGAAAGAGUGCAUAGAAAAUUACCCUCCAAAAGAUGUGAUAAACCCUUACGUGGAGAAGUAUGGUUGGAUCAAUGAUGAGUAUUUGAGCUUUGUUAGGUUUGACUAAUUAAUAAAUGGGAGAUUAUUUAUUUUUGUUUGUUAUGAUGGAGGAAUCUAUUUUUCUUAACUUUUUUCAUAAUUUGUUGCAAUUUUGGAAUAUUGUAACUAAACAAUAGCCGGAAAAACAAUGUCCAUGAGGAUA